CUACAUAGCUAUUAAGGUAUAGAAACUUGUCUUAGCAAACAACAAGUGUUCACGCCGUUCAAUCGUUGCACGACCGCGACAACACAAAUGGCAAACCAGAGCAAGAUGCUUCCUCCCUACGCCGAGCGAAAUCUGAGCGCUAUUCAGCGAUUUGCUCUGUCGAACGCGGCGCUUUCCAAGGUGCCGGCGACCCUGCGCCUCGACGUCUCCAUCUUCCGGGCGGUGCUGGAGCAGUCAAACGCGCGCAUAGUGGCUCGGUACCGCACUGCGCUGCGAGCUGUGAAGGAGCCGCAGGAGCUCGCGUCCUGCAAGACCUGCGUCACCGCGUCAACGCUGGGCAUGCCUGGCAUCUCUGGAAUGACGACCGCCCCAGGCGCGUCAACGCCAUCGGACUGCGGCUCUGGCGCCUCCUCGCCCGCCGCGCUCUCGCGGAGCAACACCAGCAACUCGCUCAAGGCAGGCAGCAUGGGGGGCGCCAGUGUUGACGAGCAGACACUUGCGGCCGAGGCCAACGAGGCCGCCGUCAACGAGACCACCGCAUGCUGCCCCGAGCCCACCACCGAGGCGAUUGAGGCCGCCGUCAUCGUUGAGACCACCGCCGCAUGCUGCCCCGAGCCCGCCGCCGAGGCCAUUGAGGCCGCCGUCAUCGAGACCACCGCCGCAUGCUGCCCCGAGCCCGCCGCCGAGGUGACUGAGGCCGCCGUCAUCGAGACCACCGCCGCAUGCUGCCCCGAGCCCGCCGCCGAGGUUAUUGAGACCGUCAUCGAGACCACCGCCGCAUGCUGCCCCGAGCCCGCCGCCGAGGUGACUGAGGCCGCCGUCAUCGAGACCACUGCCGCAUGCUGCCCCGAGCCCGCCGCCGAGGUGACUGAGGCCGCCGUCAUCGAGACCACCGCCGCAUGCUGCCCCGCGCCCGCCGCCGAGGCCAUUGAGGCCAUCAACGAGCCGGCCGCCGCUGAAAUCAAGACGGAAAUCGCCUCGGCCCUCAGCAAGGAGGCUGUGCCCGCACCGGCACCAGUGGUCGAGCCCAUCACCUCUGGCCCAGCCGUGUGCAUCACCAGCGCCAUCGAGGGGCCCUCUCCCGCAUCCGCGCCCGCACCCCCCCGCCCCGUGCCGCGAAGCCAUCUGACCGCCGCCUUCCAGGCCCUGGCGGCGAUAGCUGCCGCCACACGCCCCGAGUCGGCCGCCCUGCCGGCCCGCCCUUCCAACCCCACUGCUGACUUUAACAUCAAGCACACGGUACUGAAUUACCAGUGGCACCGCUGCGAGGCGCCGGGCGCCCCCAUCCAGCUGGUCGGGGGCUGCCAUUACGCCGCCGGCGGCAGCACCAUCGUGCGCCAGCAGUUGGAGUCCCUCCGCGCUGACCACCCCAGCAGCAAGGGCGGCGUGCCGGCGCCGCAGCGGCAGCAGCAGGGACAGGACCAGCAGGAGGCUACUGGUAUCAAGGUGGGCGCCGUUGAGAAGGCGUCGCACAUGGAGACUGUGCCCAAGUGGCGGCAGUAGCCUGGCUACGAUACCCUGCAGCUAGGGAGCGAGGCAUUAUACAGAACGGGACGCCUGGAAACGUAGUUCGGGCCAGCGAGCAGCGGCACGCAAAAGUGCCAGCAGAGUGACAGAGCAGGUAUACAGCUGUGUGGAUUCGGACCAACGAGGUCCCACGACAUUGAUUGAUCGUAUGAUAGCGGGUGCGUGGUUGAACCCAAUGACAAGUGUUUCACCUUACUUGUCAUGUAGCAGCACGAACGGGUGUGUACUGGCACACCCGGAAUCUUAGUCUUAGACUCUUAGCGCCUUAGCUAGCGCGGUAGGUUGGCCGUGUGAUACGACCGGUACGAAUGUGGGACACUAAAGCAGGAAGGCGCCGGAUGCCUCUGAGCGGUCCCCCCCACCUGCUGUGCGUGGAUAGACAGCUGUGAUAGGCUGCCCAGCUUCGACACUCAUCUAGCUUGCAACUAGCAAGGCCAUGCAUAUGGCAGGUGUCCGUGGCGCGUCAUUGAGACUGACCGAGCGAUUGCCGUUUUGCCGGAUUGCGCUGUUUCAUAGCAGGGGUUUCACGCCCCAGGCAGGUUGCUUGCUUCGUUUAUCAGGAGAGACAUAAGGCGGUAGAUCGUGCUGAGAAGACAGGCCACGAGUGCCGCACCACCAUUCUUUUUUUGUUACAUAUCUUUGCAUUCCAAAAGUUUGCUGCUUGUGUUUGGAUUAUUGGGGUUUGCAAAUUGCCACAUCCCGAUCCUGCUUGGCAGGGAGACGAUAAGCAACCGUGCACGGUGCGGGCUGGUGCGGGGGAUGUGCCUGGACCAGGAGUGGUUUGCUUAGCUGCGUGGCGACCGCUCAGGGUUGGAACUGCUUGAUUUGAGCUCCAGCUAGAUAGAAGCUUUUAAGUGGCCAAGGGCAAGACGUGGAGCGUCACCCGCGUGGCGUGUGCGGGUAGUACUAGGCCCGGACGAUUUAUUAUAGGAA